UUCAGUAAAUCAAGGCGAUCUAUCAAUUCUGCGCUUCGCCUGCGAGCAGAAAGACGUCCACCCUUUAUCUGAGCUGGAAGGUGAAGGCGGCAGGGAGGCACCGGUGACAGCAGCAGCUCCAUCCGGCGGAGGAUGCCGCUAUAAUGGGUGUUUUCACAGGCAGCGGACUCAAUAACACUUCUCGUUUUUGCAGAUUGUGAUUAAAAAAAAGAAAAGCCGAGCGUUUUGACGCCCGCCAGCUCGCGUUAGUUCUCCCCGCGGUCCCGAGGGGUUUUUGUCGUUGUCUCGCUCACACUCUUCAAACGAGCAAUAUACGAAGACGCGUACGCGAGGGACGGCCCGCAAACCGCAAACAUGUCUGGGGCGUCCGUUAAAGUGGCUGUGCGAGUUCGGCCCUUCAACUCCAGGGAGAUCAGCAAGGAGUCAAAAUGUAUCAUUCAGAUGCAAGGCAACACUACAACUAUUGCCAACCCUAAAGCCCCAAAGGAACCACCAAAGACCUUCAGCUUUGAUUACUCCUACUGGUCACACACUACACAAGAAGACCCCUGCUUUGCAUCGCAAAAUCUUGUGUACAAUGACAUCGGUAAAGAAAUGCUGCAGCACGCUUUUGAAGGCUACAAUGUCUGCAUAUUUGCCUAUGGCCAGACAGGAGCUGGCAAGUCGUACACCAUGAUGGGCAAGCAGGAGGAAGGGCAGGAAGGAAUCAUUCCCAUGCUCUGUGAAGAUUUAUUCGAGAAAAUCAAUGAGGACAACAACAAGGAGGAGCUGUCCUACUCUGUAGAGGUCAGUUACAUGGAGAUUUACUGCGAGAGAGUGCGAGAUUUGCUCAAUCCCAAGAACAAAGGCAACCUAAGAGUGCGUGAGCACCCUCUGCUUGGCCCCUAUGUUGAAGACCUGUCAAAGCUAGCAGUCACCUCCUACACAGACAUCGCUGACCUAAUGGAUGCAGGCAACAAGGCUAGAACUGUUGCUGCCACCAACAUGAAUGAGACCAGCAGCAGGUCCCAUGCUGUUUUCACCAUUGUCUUCACACAGAGGAAACAUGACAGUGAAACAGACCUCUCAACAGAAAAGGUGAGUAAAAUCAGUUUGGUGGACUUGGCAGGAAGUGAACGUGCAGAUUCCACUGGAGCUAAAGGUACCAGGCUAAAGGAGGGAGCAAACAUCAACAAAUCUCUUACCACAUUAGGAAAGGUCAUUUCUGCCCUGGCUGAAGUGGAUAACUGUACCAGCAAGAGCAAGAAGAAGAAGAAGUCUGACUUCAUCCCAUACAGAGACUCUGUUCUUACGUGGCUGCUGAGGGAGAACCUUGGUGGAAACUCCAGAACAGCAAUGGUAGCAGCUCUGAGUCCUGCUGAUAUCAACUAUGAUGAAACCCUGAGCACACUCCGCUAUGCUGACCGAGCCAAGAACAUCAAAUGCAAUGCUGUCAUCAAUGAGGAUCCCAACAAUAAGUUGGUGCGUGAGCUGAAGGAUGAAGUGGCUCGACUGAAGGAACUUCUUCGUGCUCAAGGCCUGGGAGACAUCCUGGACAUUGAUCCAAUGGGAGAUGAUUACCCAGGAAGUGGAAUUAAAUAUCUCAAAGACAUUCAGAACAAUAAGAAUAGAUACUUGAUAGCCUCAGAGAACCAACGCCCUGGCCAUUUCUCCACAGCCCCCAUUGGUUCCUUGACAGCUUCUCCAUCCUCUGGGUCACUGUGCAACCAGGGGGGGCUGCAGUCAGUCACUAGCAUCCAGGAGCGCAUCAUGUCCACUCCAGGAGGAGAGGAGGCUAUAGAAAGACUCAAGGAGUCAGAAAAGAUCAUUGCCGAGCUCAAUGAAACCUGGGAAGAGAAACUGCGAAAGACUGAGGCCAUCCGCAUGGAGAGGGAGGCCUUGCUCGCAGAGAUGGGUGUGGCAAUCCGAGAAGAUGGCGGCACGCUGGGUGUAUUCUCUCCUAAAAAGACUCCACACCUGGUGAACCUAAAUGAGGAUCCUCUCAUGUCAGAGUGUCUGCUCUACUACAUCAAAGACGGAAUUACGAGGGUUGGUCAGGCCGAUGCUGAACGGCGACAGGAUAUUGUUUUAAGUGGUGCUCAUAUCAGGGAGGAGCACUGCAUCUUCCAUAGUGAGAGGAAUGCCAAUGGAGAUGUUAUCGUCAUGCUGGUGCCCUGUGAAGGAUCAGAGACCUAUGUAAACGGCAAGCGAGUGGAAGAUGCAAUCCAGCUUCGUUCAGGUAACCGUAUUAUCAUGGGAAAGAACCACGUAUUCCGGUUCAACCACCCAGAACAGGCCAGGGCCGAGAGGGAGAAGACACCAUCUGCUGAAACCCCUGUGGAACCUGUUGAUUGGACGUUCGCUCAGAGAGAACUUCUGGAGAAGCAGGGAAUCGACAUGAAGCAGGAGAUGGAAAAAAGGCUGACUGAGAUGGAAAUCCUGUAUAAAAAGGAGAAGGAAGAAGCAGAUCAACUUCUGGAGCAGCAGCGACUGGUUUAUGAGAGCAAAUUACAGGAACUCCAGAAACAGGUGGAGACCCGUUCCCUGAUCGCUGAGACGCCUGAUGAGGAAGAGCUGGAGGAGGAGGAGGAAGAGGAAGAACCUAAACUACUUGGAUUGCCCUGGACUCAGCAUGAAUAUGAGCUGGCACAGUGGGCGUUCAGGAAGUGGAGGUACCAUCAGUUCACCUCUCUCCGUGACCAGCUGUGGGGAAAUGCAGUCUAUCUGAAGGAAGCCAACGCUAUUAGCGUGGAGCUAAAGAAAAAAGUUCAGUUCCAGUUCGUCUUGCUGACAGACACACUGUAUUCGCCGCUGCCCCCUGAGCUCCUGCCCCCAGAACCUGAGAAAGAGCACAGCUCCAGGCCUUUCCCCCGCACCGUUGUGGCUGUGGAGGUUCAGGACCUUAAAAAUGGAGCGACGCACUACUGGUCCCUCGAGAAACUUAAGCAGAGGCUGGACCAGAUGAGAGAGAUGUAUGACCGUGCUGGUGAAAUGGCCUCCACACAUCAGGAGGAUGGAGAGGGCACGCUGACAGGAAAUGACCCCUUCUACGAUCGUUUCCAUUGGUUUAAACUCGUGGGGAGCUCCCCCAUCUUCCACGGCUGCGUUAAUGAGCACCUGGCCGAUCGCACGCCCUCGCCUACCUUCUCCACCACCGAUUCCGAGAUCACCGAGCUGGCAGACGAGCGCCAGAGCGAGAUGUCCGACUUGAUUGACGACGAGGCUUUCGUGGACGACACCAGUUCAGACACCGGCACCGAGGAGGGAUCAGACAUCUUCAGUGACGGCCAGGACCCCUUCUAUGACCGCUCCCCCUGGUUCAUCCUGGUGGGAAGAGCCUUCGUGUACCUGAGCAACCUGCUGUACCCUGUAACGUUAGUUCACCGUGUUGCCAUAGUAACAGAGAAGGGUGAGGUGCGUGGAUUUCUGCGUGUGGGGGUCCAGGCUAUAGCUGCUGACGAGGAGGCACCAGACUACGGGUCAGGAGUUAGGCAGUCUGGAACUGCCAAGAUUUCCUUUGACGACGAGUACUUCAAAAAGGUAAAGAAUGACUUCCCUUCUACGGUUAUGACUCGCUCCGGCUUGUCCCUGGAAGAGCUCCGCAUUGUGGAGGGUCAGGGUCAGAGUUCAGAGGUCAUCACACCCUCAGAGGAGCUCAACCGCAUUAACGACAUGGAUCUGAAGCUGGCCGACAUUGCAGACACUAAGCUGAGUCUUGGGGAAGGCCUAGCAGACCAGCUGGAGGUAGGCAGCAUCUUCACCUUCCGUGUCACCGUUCUCCAGGCCAGCGGCGUUCCUCCCGAGUACGCCGACAUCUUCUGCCAGUUCAAUUUCCUGCAUCGACAUGAUGAGGCUUUCUCCACCGAGCCGCUGAAGAACACAGGCAAAGGCUCUCCUCUGGGCUUUUACCACGUCCAGAAUAUUUCAGUAGAGGUCACAGAAUCUUUUAUUGAGUACAUCAAGAGCAAGCCCAUUGUGUUUGAGGUGUUUGGCCACUACCAGCAGCAUCCUCUGCAUCUCCACGGCCAGGAACUGAUCAGUCCACCAACACCAUCGAGGAAAUAUUACCCUAUUCCCAUGCCUCUAUCGAAACCAGUUCCAGCCACCAAGUUGAACACCAUCACCAAGUCCAACCUGGGCCACUGCGUCAGCAAAUACGACCUGCUCGUGUGGUUUGAGAUUAGUGAGCUGGAGCCCACCGGAGAGUACAUCCCAGCCAUAGUGGAUCACAGCGGUGGACUGCCCUGCCAUGGUACUUACCUACUACACCAGGGGAUCCAGCGGAGGAUCACUGUGACUCUCAUCCAUGAAAAGGGAAGCGAGCUCCACUGGAAGGAUGUCCGCGAGCUGGUCGUGGGUCGAAUAAGAAACAAACCUGAAGUGGAUGAUAGCGCUGCCGAUGCCGUUUUGUCCCUCAACAUAAUAUCCGCUAAGAACGUCAAGUCAUCCCACAACUCCAACAGGACUUUCUACCGCUUCGAGGCAGUGUGGGACAGCUCUCUGCACAACUCGCUCCUGCUCAACCGGGUGACACCAUACGGAGAGAAGAUCUACAUGACCCUGUCUGCAUAUCUGGAGCUUGACCACUGCAUCCAGCCUGCUAUCAUUACCAAAGACAUCUGCAUGGUCUUCUACUCCAGAGAUGCAAAGAUCUCCCCUCCCCGUUCCCUCAGGAACCUCUUUGGCAGUGGAUAUUCUAAAAGUCCUGACUGCAAUCGAGUGACUGGCAUCUACGAGUUGAGUUUGUGCAAGAUGUCUGACACCGGCAGUCCAGGGAUGCAGCGGAGGAGAAGGAAGGUGCUAGACACAUCUGUGGCUUAUGUGCGUGGAGAGGAAAACCUGGCCGGUUGGAGGCCCAGGGGGGACAGUCUCAUUGUGGAACACCAAUGGGAGCUGGAGAAAAUGGAGCAGCUGCAUGAGGUGGAGAAGACCCGUCACCUGCUCCUGCUGAGGGAGAAGCUGGGCGAGGCAGCUCCACUGGGAACAGCUCCCACCAGCAAAUCCCUGAGCGAACCCAUGUCCCCAAGCCUAAGCUCAGGCAGCUUGUCCACUUCUACCUCUAUCUCCUCGCAGAUCUCUAGCACCACCUUCGAAAGCGCCAUCACGCCCAGCGAGAGCAGCGGCUACGACUCUGCUGACAUCGAGAGUCUCGUCGAUCGCGAAAAGGAGCUGGCUACGAAGUGCCUGCGCCUGCUGACACAUACUUUCAACAGUGAAUAUAACCAGGUGGUCAACAGCAUCAGUGACUGCAAGCUAUCUGACAUCUCUCCAAUCGGACGUGACCCAUCAGUGACCAGCUUUAGCAGUGCCACCCUCACCCCCUCCUCCACCUGCCCUUCUCUGGCUGACUCCCGCUGUGGCUCCUUAGACCAAAAGACCCCAGAGAACAGCUCUCGUGCCUCUAGUCCUUCCUGCUCGGACUAUGAGAACUUCCCAAUGGUUCCCACUCUGGAGACUUCUUAUCUGGCUCGCGCUGGAAAGAACGAGUUCCUCAACCUGGUGCCUGAUAUUGAAGAAAUGAGGCCAGGAUCUGUUGUGUCCAAGAAGGGUUUCCUGAGCUUCAUGGAGCCGCGCUCCAACACGUGGGUGAAGCACUUUGUUGUUGUGCGUCGGCCCUACGUCUUUAUUUACAACAGCGACAAGGACCCGGUGGAGCGGGGCGUUCUCAACCUCUCCACAGCGCAGGUGGAGUACAGUGAAGACCAGCAGGCCAUGCUGAAGACUCCCAACACGUUUGCUGUGUGCACAAAGCACCGAGGAAUCUUGCUGCAGGCCAACAACGAGAAGGACAUGAACGACUGGCUGUACGCUUUUAAUCCCCUGCUCGCGGGAACGAUAAGAUCUAAGCUGGCGAGGAGGCGCAGUGGCCUAAUGAAGAACUGAGUGGACGGGAAAGCGCGGCUUCCAUCCUUUCUGAAAAGCCUUUGAACAAACCAAGUGUUAAAACUUAUUAAUCAUUGUGAUUCUUGACGGUUUUCUCUUGUAAGUAGACUUGUGGCUUAAGUCUCCUUUCAUGCGACUAAAAGUUUCCAUUUCUGGACCCUCUCUCUCUCUAACACCCCCUGCCAGCUUUCUCUCCCUCACCUCCUCCUCUGCUUUUUGUGUUUUUGUUUUUAUGACAAGGUUCGGGUCUGAUUCAGUUGCGCUUCGUUGUCAUUCCCUGACUCCCUAACUAGUAGCAUGUUGUAAUAGUCUACGUGUGUGUGCACGAUUCUUCAGAAACUGUUCUGACCACUACUACUUUUCAGUUUGCCAAUCACCUGUGAAAAUUGUCUCUAUCAGUGUUAAUCGUCUCCCGAGAUGAGUUUUGUUUUUAUUACCAUGCUAGCAUGAUAACUGCAGCAGUCCUCAGGAGAAGGUCAGGUUUGCUUACUCAUAAAAAAAAAAAAAAACUAAUCAGAAAACCUACAGUUGAUAUCAUGUGACUUUACAAUUCUGCUACAGGAAAAGGCAACUGUAAGAAGUGCUGCUAAUGAAUUUAUGGGUUUUAUUCCUCUAUGAGAUCUACAUCAGGCCGCUGGCUCUUCCUAAAGUAGGCUCUAGAUCCCCUGUACCAUCCUCCUAGAGGCCUCUAGAAUCAAAAUGUGAAAAAUGUGUCCCAGCUCAGCAAGAAAUGAGGGCAGCACUGGAUUUCCACCGUGGCCCAUGUGAUGUUUAGAUGCCACUCUCUGUACAUACACCAACUCCGCCCCCAGUAGUACUGCGAGAUAUACUUACAAUCAUGCAUUCAUGUCAGCAUAAAAACACAGUAACUGAAGAAACAUGCUGAAGAUUAAUUCAUGUUUGAGCAGUGAAACGUGACAAUGGAUUGUUCCUGCAGUAGAUAUUUGUACGUCUUUUUGCUAUUUCACCCAAAAGAGGGCUUUGAGUAGAACACAAGACGAGAGAUGGCCAGUACUGAAGAGGGACAAACAUUUGUACAUAUCUGAUCUGGGUUCAGUGUGGUAGACAAUUCUCAUUCCUCUCACCCAGUGUAGUGUUUAUUUCCUCACACUAACGUGGUGAGACUCAACCUUUACUGAUGUUUUCAACUGUCGUCUGUGUGUGAUACGAAAGACAAAACAAAGCGUAGUGAAGUGGGAUAAAGGAGGAGACGCAGAAUGAAGUUGCGAAGCUUUAGCCUUGAUGCCAGUAGUUAAAUGAAGACGCUGCCUGCGCACAGCACAGCCUGCAGAAAACCUAACCAUACGUCACCGUCACACAAGUGUUGGAUGAAGUACCUGCUGUUCAGCAGCACCACACGUUACCAUGUGUACCUUUUUUGUUCUCGAAUUGAAAUCAAUGUUUAUUAACAUUAUGUUUUUCUACUCUGCUCUUAAUCAUUCCAUAGUGCUGUUUUAUAUCAAAUGUAACAGGGCAUUGAUUCCUAAUUAAUUUCUAACCAACUUUAUUGGUUUAACCUUAUUUUUGCACAUUAACACAUAUCUAUAGCAAGACGAAGGCAGAUCACGUGUGUUCGGUCAAGGUUAUUUCUCAUGAAGAUGAGAGCACAUAUCAAGGCUACACUGGAUUGUUUUGUUUUUUUCUCGAAGGAAUGAAGUGAUGUUAAAGGGAUGGUGUGUACUCAAAGGUUUUACUUAUGCUAUUGUUUAUGAAAGUCUUUGCUCUGUACAUCGCAUACAGCUGCCACAUUGGGCUUCUGGUGAACUCAUUAUAUUGCGAUCGGUGCCUCUGUCUCUGCAAACGGCAGAAGUGUGAGAAGUACAGAUGGGCAUUAGUUAAAUGCUGGCCAGCCAACCAGUAGGAUGCCUGCUGUAGCAUAUGAAGGGGAUAUUGGUGUUCAGUGUGUUGAAACAGAGGCAUCUGUACAUUAUUAGUGGAACUAUUGUCAACAUUUAUUUAUUUAUUUUUUUUGCUGAUGUCAAAACAGAAAGUAAUUCCCUCAGAUGUCGGAAUGAAUGUCAGUGCCCUCAGGUCAGCCAGCCUGUUGCUCAGAGAAACAAUGAGAGAAAAGAUUUAGUCUAUUAAAAAAUAUCUAUAUAUAUAUAUAUCUAUAUCUAUGCACUGAUCAAAGCUCUAAGUCACAGCCACCUCAGCGUAUUCAACAUGUCAGAGCAAACAUUUUCUCUUUAGCUGCUCAUUUGCGGAGAUCAAUAUUAUCAAUAUAUGUGGAUUGUGUAUUUAUUAUUUGCAAUGUAUAUAUUAGUUUGCAGCUCUUUGCACAAAAUAAUAAAAAGGUUCAACUAACGGAUCAAAUAAAGUCUGUGCGGUUUAGUUGUUCUGCUCAGAGUGAACCAAAUGAUGGUGUGGUAGCCUGUUCCAGUCGUACUGGGAGAGAUUGAAUGUACUAUGAAGAUGUGUUUUUCUCCAUUAAUACAAAUGUGGAAUCCACUGCAUCUUUUCAGGGGAGGUGAGUUACAAUAGUGCUUCCUCUUUAUUCGAAAGUGGUUUGAGUGGAAGUCUGCUUUUCAUUUGAAGUUUAAUUUUCUCACUAAUCAUGCCAAGCGUCUACAUCCUAACACAAGGUGGUUCUCACUUGUUUUAUUUUUCUAAUAUCAGGGAAUAUAGUCCACAGUAGCUAGUGACAUCUAGAGUAACACUAACGUUUGUGCUGGUGUCUUUUUUUCACCCCAGCACUUUCUUUUUCGUUGAUGCCUUUCAAACAAAUCUAGCCAUGAUAUUUUACAUCUUCCCCUCUGACAAUUAAUCAGUUGACUUGGUUCCCUUUGGAGGACAAACCAUGACAUUAACACUGUACAUUAUUUGUCAGACUAGUUUCAUUUUCAUACUUAUUUUGUAAAUAUCUGUGUUGUAUGGGGCUUGAAUUAAAAUGUAAAUAUGUUUACUGUAUUUGUAAUAAUUAUAAUCCAUUCGCUGUAUAGCAUAGAUGUGUCAUGCAGAUAUCCUAAUUCUGUGUAUGGUAAUCUUGCACCAUUGAACUGUUUAGUGAAUGAGGCAACAAUAAAAGUGCAAACUGUGCAUUAGCAGAACAA